AUGCGCAAAUGGAAGUCCUCCGUCGUUGACGAUUGGAAAGAACUGAGCGAGUGUAUCAAAGCAGCCAAGGAUGUCCUGUCGAAAGUGUUGUACAAGCAGCUUCGAGCAGAGAUUGUGUUCCGACUGUUCUCCUCAAAAGAAAUCGAUACGUUUCCUUGCUAUCAUGCACUCAACCCGGAGCACGAUAAUCCAGAUGUCAGACGAGAGCUCGAGAAACCUUGUCAUCGUCCGGAAGCGUCGCACGAAGCGAUUGAUAGAUGGGCUCUUGCGGUCACAGCGUGA